UGGUAGUCAAUGAUCUAUUUGAUUUUCGAAAAAUAACAAAGGGAAACUGUGGAUAUAUCUGUAUAAAUCAUUCUAAUAAAUUAAACUUAGAAAAAGAAUAUUUAAAUUUUAUUGUUUAUUUCUCUCAUUAUUUUGUCCUAUUUUCAGAAAAUGGAUAAAGAGGUUAAAGUUGAGAAACAGGAAGGUGCUUUUGAUGACAGUUGGAUUGGAGCUGCACGUAGUGAUACAGCUACUCAGCAGAUAAAGAUCGAGAAGCAGGAGGAUGAAUUUGGAGAAUGUGAAUUAGCAACUAGCAACGUCAAAGAUGAGUCAUCCUCGCACAAUGGUUCAACUUCCAAUCAGAUGGCGAGAGUUAAGCAGGAGAAUGAUAGCAGCCAAGAACCAGCGCCAGAGUGCAGCACUGCAUGCUCUCUAACUGAUGAUGAUUUCAGCCAACAACAUUAUCUAAUCCCUGGCUAUUAUCUAAUAUUCAUCAAAGAGGAAUUAUAUGUUGAGCAAGAGGCAGAAGGAUUUUCAGUGGUGAGUGAACCGGAGAUGUGGCCUUCAAACUGCAGCACAUCUGAAACUGCCAAUGCAACAGAAGUGGGUGGACUGAAUGCACAUCCAAUCUCUCCCAUGGAAGAGUGCACUGAGCCAUCUAUGGCUGGCAAAAAGAUCAAGCUCUACAGCUGUGCUGACUGCAGCUAUAAAACUACACAGAUAACUCAUUUGAAGAGACACAUGAGAAAACACACUGGGGAAAAGCCUUUUAGUUGGUACAACCACACUGAAAGCGGAGCGUGGCGUGUCGUCAAGGAGCGUCGUGAACAAUAUCAUGCUAAGUAA